CACCCCGGCGCCGGCGGCCUCCGCGCUGAGGGGCUGGACGUGCGGGAGCUGCUCUCCGUGGUCGGUCCCCGCGCGGCUGAGCCCGGGCCGCCUGUGCCGCGUCCCCGAGCUGCGGCCCCGAGCCGGGCUGCUCCGAGCACCGGUGCUCCAGGGCUCCAAACUCGGGCUGCCGGGGCAAGUGUCUUCAUGAACCCAGAGGAUGUCCGGGAAGCACUACAAAGGUCCUGAAGUCAGUUGUUGCAUCAAAUACUUCAUAUUUGGCUUCAAUGUCAUAUUUUGGUUUUUGGGAAUAGCAUUUCUCGGAAUUGGACUGUGGGCAUGGAAUGAAAAGGGCGUCCUGUCCAACAUCUCUUCCAUCACCGACCUCGGCGGCUUUGACCCAGUCUGGCUCUUCCUCGUGGUGGGAGGAGUGAUGUUCAUUUUGGGAUUUGCAGGGUGCAUCGGAGCACUGCGGGAAAACACUUUCCUUCUCAAGUUUUUUUCUGUGUUCCUGGGAAUUAUUUUCUUCUUGGAGCUCACUGCCGGAGUUCUGGCAUUUGUUUUCAAGGACUGGAUCAAAGACCAGCUGUAUUUCUUUAUAAACAACAACAUCAGAGCCUACAGAGAUGACAUUGAUUUGCAAAACCUCAUAGACUUCACCCAGGAAUAUUGGCAGUGCUGUGGGGCUUUUGGAGCUGAUGAUUGGAACCUAAAUAUUUACUUCAAUUGCACAGAUUCCAAUGCAAGUCGAGAGCGAUGCGGCGUGCCCUUCUCCUGCUGCACUAAAGACCCCGCGGAAGAUGUUAUCAACACUCAGUGUGGCUAUGAUGCCAGGCAAAAACCCGAAGUUGACCAGCAGAUUGUAAUCUACACGAAAGGCUGCGUGCCUCAGUUUGAGAAGUGGUUGCAGGACAAUUUAACCAUCGUGGCCGGCAUUUUCAUAGGCAUUGCGUUGCUGCAGAUUUUCGGGAUCUGCCUGGCCCAGAAUUUGGUUAGUGAUAUCGAGGCUGUCAGGGCUAGCUGGUAGCAGGGCUGCCUCAGCUGCUGCAAGACACUGGACAGACCGAGCCUCGCGCCCCUCCAUGCGCCCCUCCAUGCGCCACGCCGACGUCUGAGCUGCACAGACUAAGCACCGGGGCACCCUGCAAUGUCGCCUCAUGGAGCUGCCAGGAACGCGUUUGUGGGGGGUAAACCCGGGAGAUGCUGCUCACUGACAGAAUUAAAAACAAGUGAGCCAGUAA